AAAAAAAAAAAAGCAAGGAGCUAGGUUAUGUUAUUUUAUGGAUUAGGUGUAGGUACAUGGAAUUUUACAUCAAAAUGUAGUAGUCUGUGUAUAGUGAAGUAACUUCAGUGAUCGAGUUAGUGUAAAGAAAGAGAGUGCCUUGAAUGUUUUUAACCGAAAGUGAAUAUUGUUUUCAGUUUUAAACUAUUUGUUUCUCAUGAUAUGGUUGUAAAAGUACUUUUUCAUUACGGAUUUAUCUGGAUUUAGGACAUUUGUUUUGGUCGUUUCAUUGUGUUUCAUAUAUUUUGUCAAGAACAAAAUAUAUUAUUACUUUAUAUAACACCAAAUAAAAUAGAAUUAACAUCAUAAUGUCUCUUAGCCAGUUCACCUUUAAAGGUGUUAAACUAACACCAUUUGCAACUCAAAGAAUUUUAAAAAUCAAGCAUUUAAGAAGGAUGAGUUCUAACAUUUAUCCAGAUGAUCAAUAUACAGAAACACCAAACUAUCCCAGGAUCUUGGACUUAUCUGAAAAGUCAUGCUAUAAAAGAGAAAGGGAUGCAAAGCUUGACAAGAUCAAAAAAUUAGGCACAGUGGAGGAAAAGUUUUUUGGUAUAAAUAUGCCAAGAUUUUAUGGGUGGAGCUCGUUAAUGUUGAAAGAAGGGAAUUUUCCAUUCAACUUUUUACCAUUUGUGCAACACAUCACUAGAACAGACUUCAUCAAAGUAGAUGAAUUUCCUUUUUCAACUAACUUGUCUGAAAAUGAAAUUAAAAAUCUUGUCGACAGAAUUAGACCUCAGCUGCAAGACGCUAUUUUAUUGGAAUUGAUUAAAAAGAGACAUCGACAUAUAGUGGACGGAAGAGCUGACAUGAUGGGGGAAGGCGAGCUGGCCGAUGAAGUGACCAAAGGAGUUGUUGAACAAUUAAAUAGAAUCCUGUCAGCAAACUUAGCCCAGCAUGCUCCUCACCUCUAUGAAACCGAGAUAGAUUUUGAGCCACGGAUAGAAGCAUUUUGGCGGGUGGGUGGAUUCCAUCCUGACCAGCAGACGUACGACGAGCGGAAAAAAGACAAGGAAGAUCAUGAGAAGGAAUUGAAGACAAAUCGGUUCGCCAAGAGAAAGAUCAAGGAAGAACCGGACGACCUUGUGGGACAUUUUAUUCAGUACAUCGGUCAGCCGAUACUCCAGCUGAGGAGCUCCCGGCCAUUGAGGCCACUGGAACCUCGAUUGUCUUCGACGUCCACAACCGCCAUCGAGGAAGGUGUGACAUCAGUGAAGCCCCAUCUCACACCUGACCUGUCCCAAGUGCCUGUCCUCAGGUAUGAUCCUGGCUUCUACGGGCUCGAGAAGAUCAGAAGGCAUGGGACUAACAUACCAGGAUUCUGGCCGGGUGACCCGAAUGAGUUUGGCCUGUUGUCAUUCCACAGCCGAGGCCAUCUGCUGGGACGUCCACCAAGCUUUGGAGCCGAGGAUGUGAGCCACACCAUCACUGCACAGGCUAUGCUGGCAGGCUACUCCUGGCUGCUCGGCCAGGCCAGCUAUCAAGGUUUCACAACAUUCCAGGACAUAACGUACCCUCUGACAACAACCACUGUGGUGACCGAUGGCCGGAUUUUCUCCUUCUUUGCCAGCCAACUCAACACUCUCCUGUUCCACGAAGAGUUCAUCGAUGAGAACCCUAAAGUCAAUGUCUGCUAUGGGACGCCCACCCGGGAGUUGUUCCAGAAAAUUGAAGGGGAUGAGAUCAUUGGUUGGGAUGACAGAGCACUACGGCAGUUGGUGGAGGCUUACCUGAACUCUCCGAUGGAGAGGGAAGGUGUAGACAUGAAGCCCUUCCUAGACAAGGACGCGCCCUAUGUGAAGGACAUCAGUCAAGAAGAGAGGAGGGUCUGGUUACAUGACCAGUUCCGCUACCUGUCCAGUAACCGCCCCCGGCACCGACUUGACCCUGAGAUAUACGACUGGGAGUAUAUAUACAAGAUAAAGUUCCAGACAAGGCCCAUGGAUCCUAAGAGGAGAUUUUUUGAACUUGGAGAAGAUCCUUUCAAGAGACGCUUGGAUGAUCGAGCAAACUGUUAUAUUCCAAAGAAACUUCGAGACCCAGAAAACCCGAAGAAGAAGUUUAAGGAUAUGUUUUGGCCCGAUUGUUAGUAUAUGUUUAAAGUUUUGUUAUUAAUAAAAGUACUUCAUUUUAA